AUGACACAGAAGAUAGGAGUUCAACAAAAAAGUUAUUUUUACACUUUUGCUGCAUAUUUUACUACAUAUAUACAGAUAAUAAUUAUUAUAUCAAUAACAAUUCUUCUACAAACGCAUGCACAGUCACCAUUUUUACACACAGAUGUAUUUCCAUUAACAAAUGAAGAUUACAUGAAGAGAUGUGCACCAUUUAUAAUAUGUAAUCCAAACUCUAAGUAUAGAACUUUCAAUGGAUCAUGUAAUAAUUUAAGAGUACCUACAUGGGGCGCAUCUAAUACUCCAUUUCUGAGAAUCCUUAAUGCUGAGUAUAGUGAUGGUAUUUAUAAAUUUCGACAACAAUCAAACGGAUCACAGUUACCAGGAGCUAGAGAAAUUAAUACAAAAUUAUUUUUGAAAAAUCAAUGGUACGAUUUUGAUGAACUAAAUAUACUCUUAAUGCAAUGGGGACAAUUUAUAGCUCAUGAUAUCACCCUUUUGACACCAGACUUCUCUGUUGACAAUUGUUGUUCAGUUCAAAAUGUAUCUAAAGUACCAACUCAAUGUCAAAAUGUAAUUAAUAUACCAAAAAAUGAUCCAAUUUACUUAAAUUAUAACAAAACAUGCAUGUCAUUUAACCGCGCAGUAACAUCAGCUAAUUUCAGUUGUCAAAUAAUGCCAGCUACAUUUAUGGUUGAAGUUUCUCAAUACAUUGAUGGAUCUCAUAUCUAUGGAUCUAAUGAUUCAAUAGCAGCAGGACUAAGAUCUUUCAUAAACGGAAAACUCCGAUCUGAUAUUCUUAAGAGUAACCAAAAUACUCGAGUUGAAGAAUUUUGCCCACAAGUGAAUCGAACAACACUACAAUGUGACUCAUCAACAAAUUCUAAAGCUUGCUUUCAAGCUGGAGAUAUUCGCAUAAAUCAGAAUUUGGGAAAUGCACUUCUUCAUAAUUUAUUCUUGAGAUUUCAUAACCAUUUAGCUUCCAAGCUACUUUACUUAAACCAAUUUUGGUCUGAUGAAAUGCUCUAUCAAGAAACUAGAAAAAUUAUUGGAGCAGUUAUUCAACACAUUACUUAUGAUCAUUAUUUACCUAUUAUAUUAGGAGAAACGUACACAGAAUAUUAUGGUUUAUUUACUCCUCAAACGAUAUACAAUGAUAAAAUAAAUCCAUCUACAUCUUUAGAAUUUGCUGCUAGUUCAUUUCGAAUACUUCAUAAUCAAAUUCCAGCUCAAUUAAACUUUAUAGAUAAAAUGUACAAAGUUGCAUUUCAAGUUAAUUUAACGGAUUGGAUGGAUAGACCUGAUUUGUUACCCAUGGGAAAAAAUGUUGACUGGUUAACAAGAGGAUUUGUUGAAACUCCAGGUCGUGAAUAUCAACCAUCAUAUAAUCAAUUGAUUUCGAAUUUCCUCUUUCGCUUUAAUUUACCGGACAUUACUGGCCAAGAUUUAUUAUCAAUUGAUAUACAGCGAGGCCGAGAUGUCGGUUUACCAGUAUACAAUGAAGUCAGAACUAUUUGUGGAAUACCACGGGCCAAUUCGUUUGAUGAUUUAUUGGAUUUAAUACCUUUUAAAGCAAUACAAAUAUUAAAAACACUUUAUGCAACAGUACACGACAUAGACUUACAUGUCGGUGCACUACUUGAGAUGCCAGAAGAAGGAUCCAUGGUUGGACCUACUACUAGAUGCAUAUUAUCUGAUAGCUUUUUUAGAUAUAAGUAUGGUGAUCGCUUUUUUUACGACGUACAGGGACAACCUGGUAGUUUCACACAAGAACAACUAAAAACGAUAAAACAAAUUAAUUUAGGCCAUGUCAUAUGCGCUACAACUAAUUUAUUAACUCUACCUUUAGAUAUUUUUAAAAGUUUACAUGAUUUUUCUUCGAUUAAAUGGAAUUGUGAUGAACAUUUCAAAAUAGAUUUAGAAGCAUGGAGAGAAUUCAAGUGAAUAUUAUAAUAAAUUUAAUUUUAUGAACUUUAAAAAUUAAAACCAAUAAUACAACAAUAUACCAGAAGGCAGAAAGCAGAAAGCCGCUAUUGGGAUCAAACAACACAUCCAUAUUGUAAACAAAUCUGUAUAUUAUUUCACAUGUUACAAAUAACUAUAAUGUAAAUAUUUGUAAGCCAAUAAUCCAGAUGACAAGGAUUUUUAAUUGUAAGAAUAAAAAAAAAC